CCUCCGUGGGAAUCUUGACAACGCUUUGCGUCUUGGCAAAGCGCAAAAUACUGGUGAAAAAUACUACAGGAAAAGGUGAAUACGCCGGGGGGCAAGCACGCAAAUUAGUGAAUCCUUUCUUCGGAUAAUUCAAGGAACUUUACUACAAAAUGAUGCAAAGCAGUGAAAAGCUGAAAAGGGAAAAGAUGGACAAUCUCAAUCAGUGUAAGGAGAGGCUAAGGGUGUGUGUGGCAACAUGCAACAGGGCAGACUACUCGAAGCUGGCCCCGAUCAUGUUUGGGAUCAAAUCCCACCCUGAUGAGUACGACCUGGAUGUAGUGGUGCUUGGUUCGCAUCUUAUUGAUGACUAUGGGAACACUUUUCGUAUGAUUGAGCAAGAUGACUUUGACAUCAGCUCCAAACUGCACACAAUUGUAAGGGGGGAGGAUGAGGCAGCCAUGGUGGAGAGUGUUGGGCUUGCUCUGGUCAAACUUCCAGAUGUCCUACAAAGACUACGGCCGGAUAUUGUCAUUAUCCAUGGAGAUCGUUUUGAUGCACUGGCUCUUGCAACUUCUGCAGCACUGAUGAACAUUAGAAUACUUCACCUAGAAGGAGGAGAGGUUAGCGGGACAAUUGAUGACUCAAUCCGCCACGCCAUCAGUAAACUGGCCCAUUACCAUGCCUGCUGCACACGAAGAGCAGAGCAACACCUCAUAUCCAUGUGUGAAGACCAUUCUCGUAUCUUGCUGGCUGGCUGUCCCUCCUAUGAUAAGCUGCUAUCACCUCAUAACCAAGACUAUUUGGAUAUCAUCAAGAGCUGGUUGGGCGACAAUGUGCAGGAUCAUGACUACAUUGUGGCUUUACAGCACCCAGUCACCACUGAUAUUCAGCAUUCUAUUAAGAUCUAUGGACUCAUGUUGGAUGCACUUGUCUCCUUCAAGAAAAGAACCCUCAUCCUCUUUCCCAACAUUGAUGCUGGAAGCAAAGAAAUGGUCCGUGUAAUGAGAAAAAAGGGCAUUGAGCAGCAUCCCAACUUCCGGGCAGUGAAGCAUAUUCCCUUUGAGCAGUUCAUUCAACUAGUGUCCCAUGCCGGCUGCAUGAUUGGAAACAGCAGCUGUGGUGUGCGAGAGGCCGGGGCCUUUGGCACGCCGGUCAUCAACCUGGGAACAAGACAAACAGGCAGAGAGACAGGUGAAAAUGUUCUUCAUGUUCGGGAUGCCGACUCGCAUGAUAAGAUCUACCAUGCUCUGCAGCUGCAGUUUGGAAAGAGAUACCCCUGUUCCAAGAUCUAUGGUGAUGGAAACGCUGUCCCUCGCAUUCUCAAGUUCUUACAAUCCAUUGAUUUGAAUAAGCCCCUUCAGAAGACAUUCUGCUUCCCCCGGGUGAAAGAUUCCAUUUCCCAAGAUAUUGAUCAUAUCCUGGAGAAACAAAGUGCUUUGGCAGUGGAUCUUGGUGGUACCAACCUCAGAGUAGCAAUUGUCUGCUCUCAGGGUUAUAUAGUGAAGAAAUACACUCAACCAAAUCCAAAAACCUUUGAGUCCAGAAUGCAGCUGAUUUUGAAAAUGUGUGAAAAGGGCAUGCAAGAUGCAGUUUCUCUCAACUGUAGGAUACUGGGUGUUGGAGUGUCAACUGGCGGCCGAGUGAACCCACAAGAGGGUAUGGUACUGGACUCCACAAAGCUAAUCCAGGAGUGGACCUCUGUGGAUUUGAGGACACCCAUCUCUGAUACUUUUCACUUGCCUGUCUGGGUGGACAAUGACGGAAACUGUGCAGCCCUGGCCGAAAAGAUGUUUGGUCAUGGUAAAGGAGUAGAGAACUUUGUCACUGUCAUCACAGGAACAGGUAUUGGAGGAGGGAUUAUCCAGCAUAACGAGCUGAUCCAUGGCAGCACUUUCUGCGGCGCUGAACUGGGUCACAUCAUGGUGUCGUUAGAAGGCCCGGAGUGCUCAUGUGGAAACCGAGGAUGCAUUGAGGCGUAUGCUUCUGGCCUGGCCUUGCAGAGAGAGGCAAAAAAAAUUCAUGAUGAUGAACUUCUGAAAGUGGAGGGAUUGGAUAUAAAGCUCUCUGAGCCAAUCACUGCAGCUCACCUCAUCAGUGCAGCAAGACUGGGAAAUACCAAAGCUGUAGCCAUUCUCAACAAGGCCUCCAUGGCACUAGGCAUGGGCAUCAUCAACAUCCUGCACACAAUCAACCCCUCACUUGUGAUCCUGUCUGGUGUCUUAGCUUCGAUAUACCAAGAACCAGUGAUGCGACUUAUCUCUAGUAGAGCCCUCAUACCUGCUCAGAGCACUAAGGUGGUCACGUCAGAUUUGGAAGAACCUGCUUUACUAGGAGCUGCAAGCAUGGUGUUGGACUAUGCUACAAAAAGGACAUAUUAAAGGAUACACAUAUUGUGUGUCUCUGAUCAUGAAGUAUUUUGCCAUCAAGAAAAGGUCAUCUUAAUAUAUAAGCAAUCUGAGGAUGGGACUCUGUUGAAAAUAUGAAUGUAUAAUUAAUUAGACUCAAUUGUCCUAAAUUCAACAUGGUUUAAUUUUAGGAUUUUUUUUUUUUUUUUAAAACAUUAUGACUUUAAAAUAGUUUAUUUGUGGCUGUUGAAAAAUUGGAUCACAUGUUGGAGGGUUGAAGGGCUUUGACGCUAUGAAAACUGUUUUUUGUAAUUUUUUACAAAACCACGCUGAUCAAGGCUUUCAUCAGGAAGUUUUUUUUUUUUUUAAUAGAGUUUCCCUCCCAUCAGUCCUGGCAAUGCCAUUUCAUAGAUAUGAAGAGGUACAAAUGACACAUCCCUUUUGAGCUGUGUUCCUACAGGUAAGGUAAGCCAGCAUGUGUGUGGCCUGCAAAAAAACAAAAGACCAAGGAUGUCGGGAGAUUGAGUGGGAUAAGCGGAAUUGAAUGGAUGAAUUUCUUUAUAAUUUCCAUCCGUUAAUUUUCUUAGCCGCUUAUCCUCACAAGGGUGGCGGGGAGUGCUGGAGCCCAUCCCGGGUGUCAUCGGGUAAGAGACGGUACACCCUGAACUGGUUGCUAGUCAUUCACAGGGCACAUGAAGACAGAUAACAGCCGCACUCACAAUCACACCUACGGGCAAUUUAGAGUGUCCAAUUAAUGUUUUUGGGAUGUGGGAGGGAAUUGGAGUGCCCGGAGAAAACCCACGCAGGCACGGGGAGAACAUCCUUACUCCACACAGGCGGGGCCGGAUUUGAACCCCUGUCCUCAGAACUGUGAGGGCAAGGCUUUAUCGCUGCCCACCCUGCCGCCGCCUUUGUAAUAUAUUAAUUGCAAAUAAUGUUGAAGUUCCAUCCCUUAACCAAACCCAUCUACAUUUUUUUUUAUAUGAAUUGAAAAUGUUUUGAGCUUUUUUUUAAUGUAAAAUGGAACUCAUUCUCCAACUGUUGACAAUUCAUUCAUCCUGAGCCAGAGGUUGGCGACAUUCCCACUUCAUAAAUCCAUUGUGCAAUCUUCAAUCAGAUCAAAUCUGAUCAAAUUAGCCUGGUGAAAAAGAAAAGCAAGUAAAAUUGUUUUUUUUUUUAAUAGAAAUAUAGCAUUGGAACAUACACCAGGUCGUAAUUUGCUGGUGUAAAAUAAUUAAUCCAUUAAAAGGCUUGUUUCACUCAUGACCAAAUUUUAGCGAGACACCAUGUUUCUAUAUUUAUUCUUCUUUAACCUUUCUACAAAUGUUGUUUAUCGCUUACUAAUGGUGACUAUUGCUAUAUAACGUCAUACAUUCCGCAUUCACUGCUGUUAAUUUUUGAAAACCAGGAUGGGGAAAAUCGGGCUUCCAUUAGUGGUCUCAAAGACUUGUGAUAAUUUACCUAAAAUUGAAAUAAUUGAAUUACUGAAUUAUAGGCUGAACACUGUAGUGUCGGAAAUGUAUUGUUUUUGCUGCUAUUAUGAAGGACUGAUGUAGUGGUAUACAUUUGAUGUACUAUUGUUUAGAAUUUCACUUUUGUUUUUUUCUAUUGGUUUAUAAUGGUCCAAGUGAAUACACAACAAAGCGGUUACAUUUAAAGCACCUUUCUACCUCUUAAGGUAGCUUUUUAACAAUGUUGCCUCAUUCACAUCAUAGUGUGUGACUUGAAGGAACAAUUAGCAGCUCAUGAACCACAAUUGGGUUCCCAUGCUAUACAAUACGGCCAUUGUAUCACAUCUGUCAUGUCCUAGUUUCUGUACGCACGCACAUAUGUAUGUACACCGUUAAAUAAAGAGAAUACUAUUUGUGA